AUGUCUCCCCACGCCGCGCAAGAUGCUGCCGUCCAGGGCGCCGUCGAUAUAACCAAGGAAACGCCAGAGCCCUUGACUGUGGCCAAUGUGCCGGCCCGAAGAGCGAAGACGACUAUGCCCACUGGUGUUGCUGCGUCUUGCCAUAGCGACAUGUUCAAGAGUCUGGCUUGUGCUACUAAACCCAAGGCUAAACGGUGGGAUAAGUAUCUCUCUGUUGAAAGCAAGUCACGGAAGGCGUCCACCCUAAAGCAAGCUGCGGAAUACCUGAAAAAUCCUGGUUUGAUCUCCCUUGGAGGAGGCCUUCCGUCCCCUGAAUAUUUCCCCAUCGACGAAAUCUCCAUCAAGGUUCCAGUUGCGCCCAACUUUUCGGAGGAAGCUACACAUGAAUCAGGCCAAGUGGUUACCGCAGGAAAAUAUGACAUUCGGGAGGGGAGGAGUGAAUAUGACUUGGAGAUCGCUUUGAACUACGGUCAAUCAGUAGGAGCCGCCCAACUGUUGCGCUUUGUGACGGAGCAUACCGAGAUAGUGCAUAACCCUCCGUAUUCAGAUUGGCAUUGCUCACUCACCGCUGCUAGCACGGCUUCGUGGGACAUGGUGCUACGUCUGUUCUGCAACCGUGGAGAUUAUAUCCUAACGGAAGAGUUCACGUUCUCCAGCGCCAUGGAAACAGCAUUGCCACAGGGCAUUCGCCUCGCUCCAGUUAAGAUGGAUGAGCAGGGACUUUUGCCUUCGUCCCUUGACGAAGUGUUGACCAACUGGGAUGCUUCGGCGCGAGGAGCUCGGAAACCAUUCGUGCUCUAUACUGUUCCAUCCGGACAAAACCCCACUGGUGCUACUCAAGACGUUGAGCGAAGAAAGGAGGUGUACAAGGUCGCGCAGAAACACGACAUUAUCAUCGUCGAGGACGAGCCUUACUACUUCCUCCAAAUGCAGCCCUACAAAGGAGCCAAUGCCCCACAAGACCCUCCGCCAGCCAACUAUAACGAAUUUUUGAAGGCUCUCAUUCCCUCUUUCCUCAGCAUGGAUGUGGAUGGACGUGUUGUCCGCCUCGAGUCCUUCUCAAAGGUGCUUUCGCCCGGUUCUCGCGUUGGCUGGCUCGUUGCAUCCGAGCAGAUUGUGGAACGAUUCCUACGAAAUGCAGAGACCUGCACGCAGAACCCAAGCGGGAUGUCUCAAAUCAUCCUUUUCAAGCUGCUUGACGAGGCUUGGGGACAUGAGAAAUAUUUGCAAUGGCUAGUUCAUAUCCGCAUGGCAUACACUAACAGGAGAAAUGUCAUGCUAGAGGCUUGCGAAAAAUAUCUACCAACAAGCGUUGCGAGCUGGCACCCUCCAGCGGCAGGCAUGUUUCAUUGGAUCAAAGUCGACUGGAAGAAGCAUCCACUCGCUCUCGCAGGAGUCUCCUAUGAUUCUAUUGAAGAAGCGAUCUUCAAAGCGGCGGUGGGUGAGGGCGUUUUAGUCUCACGUGGCAGUUGGUUCUUUGCAGAUAAGUCUACUGAGCCCACAGAUAUGUUUUUCAGAGCUACAUUCGCGGCUGCGCCCGCGGAUAAGAUCCAGCAGGCUAUUAAACGUUUUGGAGAUACCCUGAGGGCUCAAUUCCAACUUCAAUGAUCGAUAUAUCCUCUACCAUAUAUGUGGUGAGGCGCCUUUUUAACGUCUUACAAGUCCAUGUCGGUCCGUCUGUAUAUACCUUCUGGUUUGAGUAAAUUGCACCUAAAGAGUUGGAUAGACAUGCCUAUGUUGUUAGCUGAUUAUUUAAUGCCAAAGCAAGAUUUACCUGCUGUGAAUUUAGCGGAUAUUCCAAGCGAUAAGGGAAUCGCACUAAGCAGAUCACUGAUCACUGAUUUUUCGGCUGCGUUGAGAAAUAGCCCGCCGCCGAGACCCGGAGUGGCUGAAAGCUCCCAUGGCACGUAUACAAUGGAUACAACGGCGAUCUAGGCUUCGUUCCGCCGGCCCAACUAUUGUAUCACCAAAGUCAGAGCAUUCCCCCUCUCCCCUCCUUUUUUUCUUUUUCUUUUUCUUUUUUCUUUUUUUAGACACAAUGGCUGGAUUUCAAGACAUUAGGCUGAGAGUUGACCCUACUUAAUGUCCAAGGCGAUGAGCUGUGCAAAUUUAUGUGCAUUUCCUAGCAGAGAGAUCUGGAUACCUCGAACCACCAAGAGAAAUAUAAUAAGCUCCG